UUAGGUCCCCAGUGCGGGCAGGUGACCUGAGGGCAGGCUACUGUCAGUGUCAGGCCAAGUCCCUCCAUACUAACCAGUCCCCUGCCAGUGGUUUCACCCUCAGACACCCCAGGAUGCUGCUCACUGUGGGUUUUUUUCUCUCUGAAUUCCUGUUAUCAGCUGUUUUUCCUCCCACUUGCUAUUUAAGACAAAAUGAAAUAUUGUGGGAAAGCUCCCAGCCAUCUUUAUGGGGUCGGGGUUUCUCCCUGGCCCCUCUGCCUUCCGUCUGUCCUCCAACUCCUGCAAGGGAACAAGCAGGUGGCCUGUGUGCCCGGGGCUGGGGGCCUGACUGGGGGCAGCGUCACUGAGGCACUUUGGGGUCUGGAGUUUGUCCUUCCUGCCGGGCCCUGAGGAAGAAGCGGCAGGGAGGAGGGGCCGUCUAAUCCUCCUGGAAGCAGCUUAGGGGAUUGUCUUUUUCUGGCACCUGCUCUGUGACCCCGGGCUGGGAUUUGGCCAGAGCUGUGUCAGCUGGGUUCCCUGGGCUCCCGGUGCGGCCCCCAGUCACCCUCGCACCUGCUGGGACGCCUGCUGUCUGGGGAGGGCAGGGGGCACGGGUCUGGGGUGGCGGGUCAGGCCUCUCGUGACUGACGCGGCAGGAGGCCAGUGCCAGGAUGGAUUUCGGUUCCCUGGAGACGGUGGUGGCCAACUCGGCCUUCAUCGCCGCCCGGGGCAGCUUCGACGGGAGCAGUGGCCCAUCUUCUCGGGACAGGAAGUACCUGGCCAGGCUCAAGUUGCCCCCGCUGUCCAAGUGUGAGGGCCUCCGGGAGAGCCUGGACCUGGCGUUCCCGAGUGUGUGCUCAGAGCAGCCCAUCGGCAAGCGGCUGUUCCAGCAGUUCCUGGGGGCUGACGAGAGGCACGUGCCGGCUCUGGAGCUCUGGAAGGACAUCGAAGACUACGACACAGCGGAUGACGACCUCCGGCCACAGAAGGCCCGGGCCAUCCUGGCUGAGUACCUGGACCCGCAGGCCAAGCUCUUCUGCAGCUUCCUGGACGAGGGGACGGUUGCGAAGGCCCGGGAGGGGCCCGUGGCGAGCGGGGACGGGCUCUUCCAGCCCCUGCUGCAAGCCACCCUGGUGCACCUGAGCCAGGCGCCCUUCCGGGAGUACCUGGACAGUCUGUACUUCCAGCGGUUCCUGCAGUGGAAGUGGCUGGAGGCCCGGCCUACGGGGGAGGACUGGUUCCUGGACUUCAGGGUCCUGGGGAAAGGUGGCUUUGGGGAGGUGUCCGCCUGCCAGAUGAAGGCCACCGGCAAGCUAUAUGCAUGCAAAAAGCUCAACAAGAAGAGACUCAAGAAAAGGAAGGGGUACCAGGGUGCUAUGGUAGAGAAGAAGAUUCUAGCGAAGGUACACAGCAGGUUUAUAGUCUCUCUGGCCUACGCGUUUGAAACCAAAACUGACCUCUGUCUGGUGAUGACCGUCAUGAACGGAGGCGACAUAAGGUACCACAUCUACAACGUGAACGCGGAGAACCCUGGCUUCCAGGAGCCCCGUGCUGCCUUCUACACAGCCCAGAUCAUCAGCGGCCUGGAGCACCUGCAUCAGAGGGCCAUUGUCUACCGAGACCUCAAGCCUGAGAACGUACUUCUAGAUGAUGACGGCAAUAUCCGAAUUUCUGACCUUGGGCUGGCUGUGGAGCUGAAGGACGGGCAGACCAAGACCAAGGGCUAUGCGGGGACCCCAGGUUUCAUGGCCCCCGAGCUCUUGCGGGGCGAGGAGUACGACUUUUCUGUGGACUACUUUGCCCUGGGGGUCACACUGUAUGAGAUGAUCGCAGCCAGAGGACCCUUCCGUGCCCGAGGAGAGAAGGUGGAGAACAAGGAGCUGAAGCAGCGGGUUCUCUCCGAGGCCGUCAAGUACCCCGACAAGUUCAGCCAGGCCAGCAAGGACUUCUGCGAGGCGCUGCUGGAGAAGGACCCCGAGAAGCGCCUGGGGUUCCGAGACGGGACGUGUGAUGGGCUCCGCGCCAACCCCCUCUUUAAGGACAUUAACUGGAGACAGCUCGAGGCUGGGAUGCUGACGCCCCCCUUUGUCCCAGACUCCAGGACAGUCUAUGCCAAGAACAUCCAGGACGUGGGCGCCUUCUCCACGGUCAAGGGCGUGGCCUUCGACAAAGCCGACGCAGAGUUCUUCCAGGAGUUUGCGACCGGCAACUGCCCCAUUCCCUGGCAGGAGGAGAUGAUCGAGACGGGCGUGUUUGCGGAGCUGAACGUGUGGCGCUCUGAUGGGCAGAUGCCCGACGACAUGAAGGGGGUCGCCGUGGAGGAGGCAGCCCCGGCGUCCAAGUCAGGGAUGUGUGUCGUCUCCUAAGUGUGCAGAAGGGAGCUCUGAAGCCUGCGGGGGCGAGAACGCCUCUGUGAGCCUCCGGGCGCCCGCUGCGCUGUCAGGAGAAAGGCAAGGAGUGGACAGAUGUGCAGCUGGGUCAGGAGCCCAGCCUGUAAAUAGUCUACUUCCUUUGCCCCAUCUCACUCAGAAGACACAACAGCGGCUCCCAGAUGGAAUAGAACGCAAUGUGUAACUCCAGGACCCCUGUGGACAUCCUGCAGCCGCGGUGUCAGCCGCCGGGGCAAAGGGCUGCUCAUACAAGACGGCGCUCAGGGCGUGUUUCCUGGCACCUUCACUGCAACUCCCCAGAGCCCUGCCCUCGGUGGGAGGCCUUCUCCUGGUUGGCCCAUGGGCUCCUGGGCACCAGCAGAGAGGCCUGAGUUGUGCCCAGCUUCUGGCCCCCGGGGCCGCUCACCACCUGUGUGUUGGUGAUGCCGGCAUCUGCCAGGUGCUGAACGCUGCAGACUCCAAGGGGUCGCCUUGCCCAGGUUGGGGCCCAGGUGUUGCGGAGGAGGGGAGGGCGUGGGGCUGGGGGGGGUGAGAGCGACUGCAGCAGCCCCCCCCCCCCCCGGCCUCUUUGUGUCCUGAGAACAUCGCCAGCUGAUGGCCCCUGUGCCCAAAGCUGCCCACCCCCGGGCGGACAGGUGUGCAGGAAUCUUCUCUCUCCGAUCCGAGCGCCUGCUGACCACCACUCUCUGCCUCCCGGCAAAGCCCUUUCUCAAGCUCCUCCCCUGGGCAAGCUGGGGGCAGGCGGGCUGAUGGCCAGGGACAGGCCGUCUCCGAAUCCCCACAGGCAACAGCACCUGCGGGUGGGGUUCGAACCCGAAUGAGCUCAGACGUGCCCCCUCUGGCCUCAGACCCAUGGCAGCAUCGUCAGCGGCUCCCAUGUUUCCAGCUUUCACCUCAAGUUUCCCCAAAUGCUUUAUGCUUUCGAGCAGGAAGAACGCGGUUUCUGUGGCAGCGACCUCCAGACGACGUUCACGCCCAAGUUGGGAUUUGGUGGCAUUGGCCUGGGAAUCCCAUACUACACGGCGGGCUCCGCUGGGCCGACCCCGGGGAGGAGCUGUGGUUAGGGCCUGCGGAGUACUUUCCAGAAGGGUCUCUUCCUCUCCUGGGGAGGCACUUCUGAGUCCCUGCAACUCACACACUGUGUUACGUGCUGGUCCAGGCAGAGAGCUACGUGAUGUGGCUAUGAGACGCCUGAUUGCGUGUGGGGAACACGUGGGAAGGCUCCCCCCACGGGUGUCAGAAGGUGCCCUGGCAUUUCACUAUCUGGGGGAGCUGACGUUGGGACCUGUGAGGGAGAGCAAAAGAUGGGGUCCUACCUAGUCUUAGCACCUGUGCCAGGCUCACUGCGUCCUUUCCCAGCUGCCUCAGGAGAGCCAACCCCAAGUGUGGGGCCCCAUCCUCAGACUGUCAGCGCCGCGUGUGCGGGGGCCGUUGCCUGCAGACGUCCCCAUGCGGUCUGCUCCCCCCACCCUCGGGGAACAGGGGUCUGUGGCCCACAGCUUUGGAGGGUCACUGCUCGGGACCCGCCUCCUGCUUGGUGCAGGGCUGGGCAGGCGACGCCGCGUCCUCAGCCCUCGCGUGUGGCACACGCUUGUUCGGGGUGCAGAGGCCGGCAGGUGGUGGAGGAAAUCACGCGUGUUCUUCAGAAGACGUUAGGCACAUGAACCCCCGAAAGCACCCUUGGACCAGGAAGAGCCUUGUCUCCUGGGUGUGCACGCGGCCCACCAGAGGCAAAGUCUUCUCUGAUGGGCCUGGAGAGGCGUCCAGUGCUUUCUGGCAUGUGAGCUGCCCCUGGCAUGUCCCCGAGGGCAGCCCAGGACCAGGGACAAGCCACUGUGCCCUCCCUAAACCAGGACGGUGCACACCCACUAGGUAAUGGCCAAACGUGUCAUGCUACUACAUUUUGGUGCAAGAAAGACCUGUUUCUGGUUUUUCUAAACCCAUUUAAUCUGUUCUAGGUACCCACGGCCCUGAACAAAGAGUGAGUUCAGAGGCUGUGUGGGUGGAGGCCUGGCCCGGGCCCCGCAGCCUGGACCUGGAGGCCCCCCGUGUGCACCGGCGUCCGGCAGGGGCCCUGUCUUCCUGGACCGCCAGGUAAGACACGGGACACCGGCUGCAUUUGAAUUUCACGUGGACAGCAAGUACUGUUUCUAGAGUGUGUCCACAUAGCGUGGGCCUGCACUCACAUUCCCAGCGCUCAGCAUUGUUUGCUGGACCUGCCACGCCUUUGCAGACGACAGAUGUCACGCGUCCGUAAGUAGGUAGCUGACCCACUGCACUAGCAGGUCUGGUGGAUGUAACCGCGACUUCGGCCGUCUCUCUGUCUGUCCGGAAGGGGUCUUUGCCCCCGCGCCCCUACCCCUGCUCCUGUCUAGAGGCGACCCCUGCACACACUUGAACCAUGGGCUCAAGGCGCUAAUGUGAGACACCCCGUGUGUGCGGACGCUGCAGCUCCUGCAGGAUGCUCCCACCUUCCCCCGAGCGCUCCUGGGGUCCGGUGGGGGGAGGCCGGUGCCUGGGGGUUUCUUCACGGUCUCAGGGGACCUCUGCUAUGGGUGGUCUUCCAGGCACAGCCCCCGAUCUGGCACAGUCCCAGGGGUCUGGCGGUCCCACACGUAGGGCAGUCGUCCCCUCGGCUGUAGCUUGGGUCUAGGGGACACGCCACCCGUCCUGGACGCUCAGCCUCGGGUGGCCAUCAGGGCCUGUGGGUCACCUUCAGGCUUGUCUCUGGCUUGGGGGCUGCCCACACUAGGCCUGCAGAGAAGCCUUCAUCGCUGCCCCUACUGUCCAGCUGCCAACGGCCUUCAGAAACUGGCCUCGACACCCCACAGGGUGGCUGGCCUCAGCUGCUUGGGCGUCUACGGCCCUGACCGCAGCCUGGCAAGAAUCACCUUUGUGGGCGGGGGGUGUCCAGACAUGCACCGUGGUGGGGACGGUACCCACGGUGUUUCUCCCUGGGGGAGGCUGAGCAGCAGAGGGACCCUGGAGAUACUGGGAUCAGAAGGACACAGUGUGGCUUUUUGUAUGUAAGAAACAAAAAAUGCAGUUUCUAUUCAACCAGAAAAGGCAAAAAUAAAAGGUAAAACAGAGGAUGGAUUCUGGAUUAUGAUGUGAAUUGUAGUUAUAUCCUUUCUUUCAAAGUCACACACAUGUCUAUGCACAUGCAUGCACACAUGGCUGUGUAGAUAUGCAUGUGUGCACACAUGUAUA